GCAAUAAAAUGCCCCUCGGGCACCUUCGGGCCUGCACCGAGGCAUUCGGAUGACCAGCCCGCUCGAGAGUGGCAGACCUUCGGCAAGGUUCGGGUGCUACUGCACCGCGUGGGGCUCGGCUGGCUCGGCACGGGAUCGGCUCGGCACGGCGUGGCCCAGCCAGUGUUGCUGUGACUUAUCCGAAGUGAAGUGCUUGCAAGCCAGGAGACAGGACGAGCGCCAACGCGAGGGAGGAUUACACUGUUUUGGGAUUGCUACUCAUAGGAGCGAUCCGUUUGUGAUAGUGAAUCGGGCCGUGCCUCUCUCGUCCUCUCGUCGACAAACCAAGGCUACUGGUGCACCUGUCAGUGCGCAAUGGAUGACGUCAAUGUCGAUGGGGCCCGGGAAGACGUCGAGGAACAAUUAGACAAUGCUUCCAACAGUCAGGAAGAAGGCUGGGUUGCGGGGUUUUGCAUCGAUGAUCAUGACAACGAGGAGGAUCGGGAGCAAGAUUUAGAUGAAAAUCAGGCUUCCAACAGUCGGGGAGAAAUAUGGUCUUCAGUAUUUUGCAUUGCUGGUCAGAAGAAGGAUUCAAAAUUGUACAUUGAUGAUGAUACGGGCUACGUGUAUCGGAUUAAAUCGUCCGACAAGUGGCUCAACUACAUGGUGUGUCGCCAUAAAAAAUGCUCAGGCAUUGCUAAAAUGACGAACGGCGAUGACCGGCACAUAUGCCAGACACGGGCUCACACCCAUGAGCCCAACUCUUCUCACGCGGCUCAAAGGGCAUUCCGCGAAGAGCUUUACUCCCGCGCCCAAACGGAAAGUAAGCCAUUGUCGGAAAUUCACCGUGAAGUCUCUGAGAGGGUUACAGAUGAGGCUGUCCUCAGAGAAAUGACUUUCAGCAACUUAGAGUCAUCCAUGUUGCGCCACCGGAACAACGUGUUCCCACCAAUACCAAAGUCUCUCGAGGACCUCGGGAGGACCCUGGAGGAUCCGCAAUACAAGAACCGGUUUGGCGACACAAAGGAUGGCAAACCUUACUUCCGCGUGUGCAAGACGGGCACUGCCAGGGAAGGGACCAUUGCUGUCUUUAUCAGCGGCCAUUUGGAGCACUUGCUUACAUCCAGCGAGUGCUUCCACAUCGAUGGACAUUUUAAGACCACCCCUAGUGUUAAAGACUGUUAUCAGCUGAUAACUAUCAUGGCAGUAGCCUAUGAUCACGUAUUCCCUGUUGUGUCCGCCCUUAUGACACGGAAAACUAAGGAAGCAUAUAAGAUGCUAUUUAAAUCAGUGAAGGAACUCUGCCCGGGCAUCCGGAUGCCCCACAUCAUGUCAGACUUUGAGAAGGGCCUGUGCGGAGCAUUGAGGGAAGAGUUUCCUGAGACCACUUUAACGGGUUGCUUAUUUCACGUGGACCAAGCUAUGUGCAAGAAAAGUGCAAAACUGGGCUUGCGGCCUCUUUUGCAAGAGAAUCAGGCGGCAGGAGAAGUUGUACGGAUGUGCAUGGCUCUGCCCUUCCUUCCCCAUGAUAAAAUCGAUAAUGGCUUCAAGGAGGUCAAGGAACACUCCGAAUUGCAAGAAUUUCAUGAAGAGGUUAAGCCCUUUCUGGAGUAUGUUGACAAAACGUGGAUUAAGGGCGUUGGCGCAAAGCAUCUUUCUGUUUAUCGCCGACACAGGCGUACUAACAACGACCAGGAGAGCUAUCACAGAACGCUGGUUGAUAUGGUGGGAUCUCCACACCCCAACGCCUGGUGCUGGAUUGAAGCCUUCCGAAGCCAUGAGGCACACCAUUGGAGGCGGUACCUCUCCGUCUCUGCUGGCUUCUCGGUUACCAGGUGCCAGAAGAAAAAAUAUAGGCUGCUCAACAAAAACAUCAGGAACCUAAGCCAGAAAGUCCACGACAUGCCGGUCCUGCAGUUUCUAAGGGCUGCCAGCUACCACUGCAAGGAGACGUAUAAGAGGGUAGCCCUUACAGAGGAGGCAGUGGGCGAUGUCCUCGAAGCGGAGGAUGUGGCGACUGAGCUACUGGGGGAACCGGAGCCACUCGACGCGGAAGACGAGGACGAGGCUGCCACCGCCGGAACGUCCCUCCGCGGUGCGCGGGGGAGGGGCCUGACAGGCCGCACUCGAGGAGGGCGUGCACCACAUGCAGCGCGU